AUGGCCCCGGCUGCUGGCCUGGCCUACUUCUACAACUUGGACCGUUUUAAGUUUGAUGCGGAUCAGCGACAGGAUUGCAUGUACCAGAUGCAAAACAUGCGCUUAGCACAGUGGGGACUCUUUCGUGAAGAUGUUCGGGAUGUCUUUCAGCUUUCAACGUCGAAUAUGGACAACUACAUCUUGGUUGGUGCGCUCAUCGUGACAGCUGUGAUGAAUUUCAUCUUCGUUGGUUACCCAGAGUUUCCCUUAGAGCCUCGAUGGCUUCUGGUGUUGUGGAACAACUGCGUUUUUGCAUGCAUUUUCUUCGGAAUGGUUUCUGUCUGGCUUGCUAUGCAUGGCUCCAUUGCCCAGCGCUCAGCCCAAGUCAAGAUCCUGACGCAGGCCAUACGUCCACCAGUACCCACCCUGAAGGACGUUGAGUCCGGCAUGCGCUCACAGGAGCACUUUGAAGGUGAUGGAGCGGGUCGCUACUUUCAGCCCCCUGCUUUUGCCGUUCCCUUCGCUUUGGCUGAGAAGGAUGAGAUCCCGAAGACAGCGGCUUCGACAGUGGAUCCCAGCAUGCGGACUCUGCCCACUGGUGCGAGUCAGAGAAAGGGUCGCACGCGUCCCAAAUCUCAGAAGGAUCAGAAGGAGGCAGUCGACUGGCUAUCAGACGCCCCCUUUGCCGGCGAAGAGGUUCUGCAACAUCUCAAGACCGUUGACAACGGGGGUCCUGGGCGGAGUGCAGUCAUGCACUCCCACUUCUGGAUGUUACGACGGGUUCAGCGAGGAUACGCAUGCUUCGACGCAUAUGCCCGGAUUGGGCUCGUCCUUGCAGCUCAGCACAUGAUCUUAGUUUGUGCUUACUACUCGCUCGGGCACUUCAUGUCCAAGAUGGACAACUGGCCUAUACCAGCACAGAAUCCAGGUGCAGCCUGGCUUUCUUUGAUCGCAGGUGCUUUCUGCACCACAACACUGUUCAAACUUGACCUCUUCUGUGGUCCGAAGUAUAGGAACCUGGUGCAGCUGAUGCUGGUGAUUCCACCAGCCUUAUCAGGCUUGGCGAUUCACCUCGCAGCUUCAAGAACCAAUCACGGGAGGGGCGGGGUGCGCGCAUGUGACCAAACAGUUCCAGCUUGGCUUCCAUGGAUUCUUUCCAUGCUGGCCUGUGCAGGCCACAUGCUUUGGAUGUAUGUGAUCUUGCGAGUGUCUGCCCCACUUUUGGAAAGCUCUGGUCUUCCGCUGUCUUUCCGAUCCACCAUCUACUUAGAUGUCUUUGGCUGGCACAGCAAGCACUUUACUGCGGCCGCUGUCCGACGAGCCGUCGACUGCGCACAUUGGGAGAACCCAAUGAAGAUGAUCUAUGAAGCCGCAGAGCGGCGUCCAGACCACAAGUGUUUGGUGGCCACGCACAAGGAGGCCAAGCACAUUGUGAACAUGCUCUCGCAGUUUAUGACAGCAGAAAUGUCGACACACCUCUCCCAAGAAGAGAGUGAUGACUUGCACCAGUUGCAUUUCACGUUGGAUGAACACCUUCGUGACCUGGAGACGCAGAUGGCUAUGCCGGCCGCACGGCAGUAUGAGACCUGGGAGAAGAAGGGCCCAGAGAGGCUCAGCCGCAACAACACGCUGCAUGAAUGA